CUUCUUUCGAGACCGUCUGUAGUUCGAGCUAGUCUAUCAGUAGAUCUUACUAAACCGGCUUAAAAAUGACAGAUGCGGAUGACGGCAUAAAAUUUGAGCCCAAAUCACUCUGCAUUAAAAUAACAGUAUGCAUGAUAGUGCUGCUGGUUGGGGCAGCCAUUUUUAUGGAGUUAGAACGACAGAAGAAUGACUCCACUGGAGAGACUUCACAGGCGACGAUACUAAAACAAAGCUUGGCGGAAAAGUAUAACAUGAGUUUGACAGAUCUGAUGGAUUUAGAAGCUGCCUUCGAACAAGAAAGAAGCAACAAGGAGGAAGCUGAGAGACUAGGUCGGUGGACCUACGGCAAUUCUCUCUUCUUUGCCUUUACAAUCAUGACAACCAUAGGUAAUAUAAUUUUGAUAACAUCUUAUGAGCGGGGGAAAUUCAUUCUAGAAGCAAAAGUAUCCUUCUGAUUGUAGAGCAAAAGAUGACUUACACUUGCCUUGGCCUACGUUUAAGUGAAAACGGCCUCGGCAUGGGUUCAGGAGUAUGAUAGUUCAGACUUUAUUAAAUUCAGAUUCAGAUUUCAAUUGCUGGCGUUAUGAUAUAAAAACUGGCUGAAAUAUUUAUUUCUGUCUUGCCACUACUUAAUAUUAAGGUAAGAUAACAAUCAAUGAUACGUCUAUAUUUUUUAUCUUCCACAACUAUUCCAGACAUGACUCAAAUUAACUGUAACCUCAAGUCAGUUAUUCAUGAUUUGAUUUAUUUCCUGGCCUGCGAAAAGUGCAUCGUAGUUAUUUACGUCGAGUUACAAUUCUCGAGUUAUAAUGUCUUAACUAGUCAGCUGACUAGUCUAGAAGCUGAUCAUUGCCCACGUGAUGACUUGAAAUUUGCUGCAGUUGGACAAGCAGUUCAAAUGUUCUUCUGUGGAAAGAUCAUGAUAUUCUUACAAACUCGUGAUGUUUAUAAAAUGGUUGUGGCUUUUAGUUUAUACUUUUGAGCCUGUAAGAAGCGCUCAAAUAGUAGGGAAGAGGCGAAGAGAAGAACAGAGGAAGUAACCAUCGGGGAGGGAAUCGAUCCAACAAGCGGCCCGGCUUCCCCAUACACUUCGAGCUGCUCCCUAUUUUCUUACCAUAAUGCCGAAAUAUAUAUAAGAGGAUAUCACAUGACCGCGCGGAGAUACGAAAUAUAUUUAACGUCACCAUGACAAAAAUUAUGUUAACAAUAUAACCAAUGCAAUACUUUAAUACAAUACUAAGUGCUUUUCGAGAAGGGUUGUGUAGUUAAAGGGAGACUACCUUUCUAACUUUACUGAUAUAUGAGUGGGGAUAAUUUUUUGUAUUCUUGUAUUUUAUUUUUACUCCAUCCAAUAGAUAAUACAUUAGUUGUACAAUAUCAAUUAGUACAAGGUUGUUUAAAGUACAUGUACAUGAUAAAAAAAAAGAAGAAAAUUAGAAUGGAGAAGGGCACAUUAUAGAAAACUAAUUAUGGCCCUUUAACAAGAUUAACUUUAUUCUGUAUAGCUUUGUUAUUCAUUGAAACACAAACACGCACGCACGCACACACACACGCACACAAGUCAAUAUUGAGCAAGCCUUUUUGAACAGGAUUUUCGAUGAUUUAUCGCGAAUAGAAAGGGGAAGAUCGUUCCAGUGGGUGAGUGGGGAUAAUCCGAAAAGCAUGUAUGUAUCCCAUUGAUAAAGCGUUGCUAGGGAAUAGAAGAGACGGAAAGCUCGAUAGUGAAAUUUGGAAAGCAAAUAAAAUUUAAGCCGUCGUUGUCGAUAUUUUAUUUCUCUGCGUUAAAAACAUUUCUCGCAAGCAAACAGUACGUGCUAUGAUUCGAGAUUAUUCUCUCCUGGUGUAAUAAAAACUCUAUGAUACGAUUUUUUGUUUUGAUUGCAAUAAUCAAUGACAAUACGUUAAGUCUUAAAGGGAAAUAAACAACAAUACACGAAGUGAACAGAACUAUACUCUUAACAUGAUAGCCCUGCACCACUUGCAACAGCGACGAGUGUAGGCCUGUGUUGCGUAACGUUGCAAAAAAUACAAAACUACCAAAUCAGGAGGUAAGUAAUCGGCUCCUGACCGAAGGUAUUUUACGACUCGGGCUGGGCCCAAGGUUCGCCCGGAUAGUACAGUUUCAUCUAACCCUUUCACUUCCAACGUGUUUGAUGGAGUUUUGUUCGGUGACUUUAACUUUUGAGUCUGCGGACGAAAUCCUAUGAUGUGACCAUUCAAAUGAAAGCUCUCUGCCUGUACUUUCACAUGGCGCUAGUUAUUUUUCAAAAGGAAAUUUGUUCGAAAUUUGCUUUUGGCUAAAUUCGUCAGUGAAAGGGCUAAAGAAAGCAAUCGCGCUUCCAUGUCUCGUGAUAAUACUCCUUAAUUAAGGGUUUUAUCUUUUCUCACUAUUUCAGGUUACGGUCAUAUGUCGCCCCAUACCUGGCAAGGUCAGCUGUUCUGUAUAUUCUUCAGCCUCAUUUCCAUACCAGUCGCAGGUAUCAUGCUAAUCAGCGUGGGAAAUCACGUGAGUUUGGCUAUCCGCGUCUUCAUACGCUUCAUGGAGAAAACCUUUUUAAGUGGGGUGGAGUCGGGGCGUACUGAGCUAAGAAGCAGUGUGGUCACCUUCGUGCUGUUCAUUCUCAUGGUCAUUUUUGGUGCUAUUCUGACGUCACACACAGAUAAUUGGUCGUUUAUGGAAGGGAUGUAUUUCUUCUUUAUUAGUGUCUCCACGAUUGGAUUCGGAGAUUACGUCGUCAAUGACGGCGAGCUGCGAUCUUCAGACCACAGCAAGACGAUCGCAGUCAAUUUUACCAUCGUGCUCAUAACCAUUGGCCUGUGUGUGUUGUCCAGCGUCCUGUGUUCUGUUAGCGCUUACAUUGAAGAGAGGCAGAAGCAAAUACGAAUGAGGAUACCUGAGACCCUUACAGCGACAAAUGCUAUCAAUGCAGCUAACGUAGCAUUGAAUACCGUCACUAGUAGCCUGCCAUUGAGGUUGUCAAAAAAGUUUAAAGGUAGAAUUACAGAGGGAGGAAAGUAUGAAGAAGACAUUAAUCAAAACCGAGAAGCGUCGUUGGGUAGUGAUCGCCAUCUGGCUCCGGUUUCGUAA